ACGGGGUACCUCCAUGUUUUGUACGAUGAUGUACGCGGUACAUCAUCCGUGGAUCCCAUGCUGCUGCCAUGCUGGAACUCGGGCCAGAGCAGAUACCGGAUGGGCUCGAAGACCUUGAGGCUGAAUCCCGUGACGCCCUCCCUCUCUUGUGUCAGUCACAUGAUGCUAAUCUCACUUCCAUCAAAACCAACGUCCAACACUCUCACGACAAGCACCGAUGCGAUGUGCAACAGAAUCCCCCAUGUCAUGUGAUGCUAAUCUCUCUUCCAUCAAACGCUCUCAUGACAAGCACCGAUUGCGAUGUGCAACAAGACUCUCCUCCCUGUGCACAUCACCGGCCCAAUAUCAAUCACAUGAUGCUAAUCUCGCUGCCAUCAAAGCCUCUCACGACAAGCGCUGAUGCGAUGUGCAACAAACCCUUCCAUUCCCCCAAAGGGUCAUGUGAUGCUAAUCUUACCUUAUCAAAAUCAAUGUUCAGCACUCCCAAGACCAGCGCUAAUGCGAUAUGCAACAAAACUUCCAUUCCUUAGGCCGUAGCCAACCAUGUGUAAACCCGAUAACCUGAUAACCUG